CUGUGUCAAACAACUCUCGUAUUACUAGGGGAUGGUUAAACGGGGUAGCGGUCUCUCCCCUCAAAAAGAUGUGCGCCGCUCGAGUCGUGAACGUUCCAUGGUCUAUCGGAGCUUGGCCGAGAAUGAUCUCGCUGAACAUCAUCUAAGGGGAAGCUUUAUGAAGAGUAUCAUACGAUCGGCAACAGAACAGCUUCAUAAGGAAUUUAUAAAUGCCCCUGUUGCCGGUUAUACGCGCUCUGGCAGAAGAAUUGGCGGAAGCGCGCAUUACGAAGAGAGUAAUACAUCCGAUGAUGAAGAAUAUGAAAAGCGAAGAAGGCGCCGAAGAUUUGCCAAAGAACGCUUCAAUGAUGAGAACGUGGAUAUUCGAUCUCCGAGUCCGAAGAGGAGUUUACGGAAACGUAAUGCAGAUGAAAUUGAAGGGAAUCGCGAGAAAGAACAAAAUCAAGAAGAUACGGAGCAAAACGCUGAACCUGCUAACAUGUACGAUACCAUCAAACGCGAAAGGAAACAGGCGGGCACAUCACAACCGAAUUCACCUCGACUGAGUAACGGUGUCGAAUCGGCGCGCAGCCUUCGGCAGGCAAAUAGGGAGCGUUUGUCAAAUGGAACUGCGAAAGAUGAUCCACCUGCUGAAGUUGAAGAAAGCCGAUCAAGCGAGGAUUCAGAUGACGAUGAGGAGAAAACCCCGGAACCUCGUCAAUAUUCAUUGAGGAAAGUGCGGCAGCCAGUCGAUCGCUUUGCCUCAACUGUCACCAUCAGAGAUCGCUACAGGGUAGACAGAGAACGCAGAAGUCGGGGCAGAUCGACUGAUCGAAGAGAUCGAAAGGCAAAACACGCUGCCAAAAGACGUCGGCGAGAACUGGGCAGUGAUUCUUCUUCGACUUCCUCAAGUGAUAGCAGUGAUGAUCUCAUCAGAACUCGCAACGAUGACUUACGCUUCGAAAGGCGUAAAGAGAGGAGCAUAGCGAAGGCGAGAAAUCGUUACCUGCCUAUCAAUCUGACUGACAAGGAUCUCUCUGCGAGUCAAGCAGUGAUCAGGGAACGUUUGCGUCAGACUGGAGGCUCAUGUACCGAUAUAGAUCCGAUGAGUAUCGAUUCUGGGAUAGGAUUUGAACAAGUUGGAGGUUUGGGAUCUCAUAUACAGUCACUUAAAGAAGUGGUCUUAUUUCCAAUGCUUUAUCCUGAGAUUUUCAAGCAGUUCAGUAUCAGACCUCCAAAGGGUGUAGUAUUUUAUGGACCUCCAGGAACGGGUAAAACUUUGAUGGCUCGAGCUUUGGCAAAUGAAUGUUCGAAGGGAGGAAAGAAGGUGGCUUUCUUCAUGAGAAAGGGUGCCGACUGUCUCAGCAAAUGGGUGGGAGAGGCCGAGAGGCAGUUGAGGGUUCUAUUCGAUCAAGCUUAUGCCAUGCGUCCCUCUAUCAUAUUUUUCGAUGAGAUAGACGGUCUUGCCCCAGUUCGCUCCUCUAAGCAAGAUCAAAUCCAUUCGAGCAUAGUGAGCACACUGUUGGCGUUGAUGGAUGGAUUAGAUGAUCGUGGAGAGGUGGUGGUCAUCGGUGCUACUAAUCGGUUGGACACGCUUGAUCCUGCCUUACGUAGACCAGGAAGGUUUGAUAGAGAACUCAAGUUCUCUCUUCCCGACGCAAAUGCAAGACUCCAAAUUUUGACGAUCCAUACUUCCAAAUGGGGAGAGAGCCAACCCAACGAGGCGACUUUAAAAUGGCUAGCGGAUAGUACAAGUGGAUACUGUGGAGCCGAUCUCCAGUUUUUAUGCACGGAAGCUGUCUUGGUUGCCUUGAGAUCUCGUUUUCCUCAUAUCUACAUGUCCAAGGAACGGCUGAAGCUGAAUCCUUCUGAUCUUGUGGUUGACAAAGAUUGCUUCAUAACUGCAAUGCGUCGCAUUACUCCAGCUUCGCGAAGAGAUCUCUCCAUUCCCUCUCGACAGCUGGAUGAUCGCACAUCGAUUCUUUUGCUGAGCACUGUGAACUCGAUUCUUGACAUUCGCAUCCCAACCGGGUAUCGCUGCUCUCAGUCAGUCCAAAGCACUGCGGCUAGUGAGCUAGAAAAGGUGGUUAGGGCGCUUGAACAACCGCCAUGUGUUCCAGCAGUACGCCUCAUGUUGUGCGGGAGCGCGGAACAUCCAGAUCUUGGUCAAACCUCGUACGUUCUGCCUGCUGUACUCGGCAAACUUGAUCACCUUCCCGUCUUUUCCAUUGCAGUAGCUAGGUUGUUCGCCGAUGGGAGACCCGAAGAAGCGCUUGCGCAAACUGUCCAGUCAGCACUGCGUGCAGCAGCUAAUGGGCCUUGUGUUCUCCUUCUUCCUAGUAUUGACCAGUGGUAUGAAGUGGUCCCACCGAGCGUUGCUCAUAUGCUUGCAACCGCUCUUGACUCUCUGCAUGGUUUUACUUCCAUUCUCUUCCUGGCAUCUUGCGAUUGUGCAUAUGAUUCGUGCUGUAAUGAAGUGAAGGAUCUGUUUGGACCCUCCCAGUGCUUAAGACUGAGACCACCGAAAGAGCAGCAUCGCCGUAGCUACUUUGAAUACAUUUUGGCCAGUGCUAGAAUUCCUCCGAGGGUGUUUGAUCCAUCGAUGUACCAAGAACCUGAAAAAGCUGAGGAAGAAGUUGUUACUGCACGCAAACUGAACGAGAAAGAGACUAGAGAACUGGUGAAAAUGUACGAAAGCCAACUUCGAAGGUUUCGCAUAUGGGCAAGAGAUAAACUGGGCGCCCUUAGACGUGAUCGUCGUUUCACAAUUUUUGUCAAACCUGUGGAUGGUGAAGACGUUCAGGACUACUACGAUGUGAUCAAAAAUCCCAUGUGCAUCUCAGAAAUGGAAGAGAAGAUUGACAGGCAGGAAUAUCUUCAUCCUGAUCAUCUUCUGAGUGAUAUACGUCUGAUAAGGGACAACGCCAUAGAGUAUAAUCCGGCGAGCACUGAAGAGGGUCGAGUUAUAAGACACAAUGCUCAUGCUCUUUGGGAGACUGUGGUUGAUCUUUUUGAUGUUGAUUUAGAUGUGGACUUCGUUGAAUCUUUGGAGAAUAAUGCAAAAAUGUUGGCUGAUGCGGGCGUGCAGCCUACAAAUGAGAAACUCUUAGAGCUUCCUCCUGGCUUCAGACGAACUAUCCCCUGGAGUGUUACGGCUGGCUAUAUGACUCAAAUAGCAAAGCAGAGCGAAGAAACAACAAAUGCGGGAAAAGAGGUUACCUCACCUGCUGCCGCCAACAACAACGUCCAGCAUGUGAAAUUCCGCACUAAUCGUAAGAGUCGUGGAACUUAUGCUUUUCCUAACUCAGCAAAAAAGAAGAAGACCGCUGCCAUUGUGAAGUCUCUGAAACAGUCUUUAGCAAGCAACGUUGAUGAGAGCUCCGAAAGCCAGACCUCUCAAGGAGGAUCCGAGGAGGAGCUCGCCGAGAAUGGAGUCGCUGUUGAGGCUGAAGAGGAGGAGCAGAGAACUCCUCAGUCCUCACCGAAGAAGAAACUGAUUUUAUCGGAGGAGAAAAUCACUGAACUUGUAAAUAAAUGUGUACAGUGUAGUAAUGGAUGGUCAAUUAGCGAGUUGGAGCGCUUGGCUGCUGUUCUUGCUCACGAUAUUGAUGAAUUCAGAGAUAAGUGGGAUCGUUCAAGCCUUCCGUCAAAGCUAAUGGCUACAGUAAACACUUGGCAAGUCAAUUCUGGACGCGUUUCUGUUUCUAAAUAACGAGCUAUUGGCGGGAUCGUUAUUAGCCCGUUGAGCUUCUUCCUUUUGGGUGCUUCAUGUAUAUCCUCCUGUGUAAUCACGAUUGUAUGUUGUUGUGAAAGUAGGACAUGAUGUUGAUUUAAGUGUCUAAUUGAAAAGAUCAGAAUUUGCUUUCCAAUAGGUGCGGUUACUUGUAUCAUAUGUUCUUCCACGUCGCUGUAGAUCUCAAUUUUGCCUUUGUUCAAUGGAACAAUCCUUUCGGUUUGAUUUACAAAGUCUUUUCAAUCUUGGCACUACAAAGCAUCUUUUGUGUGUCAUCUCAAUUCACUGAUCGACUGUCAUUUAGCUUUUGAUAAACUUAAUAAGAG